AAAGAAAUUCAAUCGAUAUCUGUUUGCCUUAGCUCGAACAUCAACAACCGCCACCGAUAUUUAUUUAGCUGUUAUGCUCUUUUGAGACUGUGAGAAGUGGACUGGCUUGGCAACUGUACCAGGCCACCUCUCGUUAAAAGAAAAUGCAUCAGUACUGGGAUUGGUGCCUUGAGAACAAAAUUUUGUAGAGAUGGCGACUGCAAAUGAUGAGCAUUUUAUAUCAAAGAGCUAUACACCUCAGUUUAUGGAAAAUUUGAAGCAUCUUCUAGACAGCCAGUUAUUCUGUGACAUCAGUAUCCAAGUUUCCACGGAAACGUUUCAAGCUCACCAAGUGGUUCUGGCUGCAGGAGGACAGUAUUUCAGAGCGAUGUUUGCCAGCGCUAUGUAUGACAUAGAAAACAGGUGUAUAACACUUCACGAUGUGGCCCCCUCUACAUUCCAGUCCCUGUUAACCUUCAUUUAUACAGGUGAGAUUGACAUCACCUGGGACAAUUGUCAGGAUGUUUUAGCGGCAGCAGACAUGUUUGGAAUCACCUGUGUAGUAACUGAAUGUACAACAUUCUUACAGAAACAUUUAGACAGCCAUAAUUGUGUUGGUAUUUUCCAAUUUGCUGACAUACAUUCCUGCUCAGAACUAAAAAGUAAAGCAGAGACAUUUAUCCACAAACACUUUGUAUCCACAUCUCAGGAGGAAGAAUAUCUGGAAUUAACAGAAAAUCUUGUCGUAGAACUUCUACAAAGUGAACAGUUAUGUGUAUCCUCGGAAAAAGAAGUUCUCCAGGCUGCACUAAGAUGGCUGCUGCAUGACCCACAAAACAGGAAGUUAUCGGUGUUCAACGUUCUUAACCACAUCAGGUUUCCUAUCAUAUCGGAGACAGAGCUUGAGGAAUGUCUGGAGAUAUGUGGAAACCUCAGUAUAAAGAUAGCCGUGAAGAAGUUCUCACAGGACUUAAUCAGUGAUAGGAAGUUGUGCAACAAACUCAACCUAAGACUUGUCAAACCCCAUCUAGUGCAACCUAGGAAGUCCGCGAGAAAAAAUAUCUAUGUCAUAGGAGGGUAUUUCCACGCAAAGGGUGGAAGAUGGAGUGAUAUUCACACCCUGGAAACAGUGGAAAAGUUUGAUACAUUUUCUCAUGAGUGGGAGACGGUUCCAAGCUUACAGUAUCCCAGGAACCACAUGGGAACGUCAGUUGUCAAUGGACAGAUUUAUGUUGUGGGUGGAGAGAACGAGUCUCUUAUAUACGACUUAGUGGAGCGGUAUGACCCCAUUAGCAGGCAGUGGUCCACCGCCCCACCCCUCACUCAGCCCAGGUGUGGCCAUGGCUUGACCUCCCUGGGGGACUGUCUUUAUGCCUUUGGAGGUUGGGUCGGAAUGGAGCUGGGGGACACAGUAGAAAAGUUUGACCCUUCAACUAAUGAAUGGGUGACAGUGUGUAAGAUGCCUACCCUUAGGUUUGAAACGGCUGUAACAGAGCUAGAUGGUUUAAUCUACAUUAUUGGUGGAAUGGAUAAGGACUAUGGAUUUGGGUCAGAACUGACAAUUGUAGAAAGUUUUAACCCAGUCACAAAGGAAUGGGAAGUUCUAGCUCCAAUGAAUACCCCACGAGCCAAUGCCAGUGUAGCCACUUUAAAUGGCUAUAUCUAUGUGAUGGGGGGAUUUAACACAAGGGAUGGAGACCUGGCCUCAGUAAAAAGAUUUUCUCCAGAAGAAAAUGUUUGGGAGACCAUGCCGGACAUGAACCAGAAGCGGACCGCGCCAUGCUCCGUUAGUGUGAACGGCCUGCUGUACGUGAUGGGCGGCCGCCAGUUCUUUGUCAGACUGGACAUGUUCAGCUGUAACGAGACCAUCAACAGCAUGGAGUGCUUUGAUCCCAUCCUCAACCGCUGGUACGAACUUCCUGCUCUCCCCACGCCGAGAUGUGAGGCUGGGGCUGUGGUUUUAUAGUGAGUGUAAGUUAGUUUCAGUAUGAAGAGGCGUGUUCAUUAAAUGAUACGGAUUCAGUGUUACUUAACUGUCUUUAUUGCCAUUUUUUCUGAUUUUAUGGUUUUUCAAAGAUUCCAUGAAUCUUACAAUGUUUUUUUUUUCGCAUUAUUUAUUGAUACAGUAAAAUGCUUGCUUUGGUGAUCAUUCGGGUCGGAAGAGAGUGAGCAUUGCAAGUUUACUGGGGGUAUAAUCUGCAUAAGCAGAUUAUGUAAAAGAUUUUAAUGAAAUGAUCACUACUUUCAACAUCCAUAUGUACCACCAAAGAAAACCUUUUACUGUUUUUUCUUUACAUUUAUUUAUGAAUCAUUAAUUAUUCAUACAAGUGAAUAAAAGUAUAUAAAUUAUA